GGUGCUGUCCUGUGGGAUGGAUGACACCCAAGAGCAGGACCACUACGAGGAGCGUCUAAAAGAAGUUUUUAACAGUUUUGACGCAAGUGGCUACGGCUCACUGUGCCCAGAGGAACUCUCUGACCUCUGCCAGUCCCUGCACCUGGAUGAUGCCACACCAGCUCUUCUCAAUACCCUGCUGCAGAACCAGGACCGCCUCACUGCCAGGGUUGACUUUGACCAAUUCAAGAAUGCACUGAUUCUGGUAUUGUCAUCGACUAUUGAGCCGCCCCAAUCGGAACAAGAGACCGUGUCGAAACCAGAUUCUCCUGAAAUCCAACCAAAGUUUGUGAAGGGCAGUAAACGCUAUGGCCGCCGCUCCACACCAGAUUUCCUAGAGCCUAUUUCAGACUUGUCUGAAGUUAGAAAUGCAAACACGGUAGAGGAGGAGGAUCUGGAGGACAACUAUGACUCGGCUGUGCCCAGGAAGCGUGAGCGCUGGAAUGGUCACGAAACAAGCACAGAGGAGUAUGAGGCAGAAGGCCAGAUGCAUCUCUGGAACCCGGAUGAGCCGAGCACACCACGGGGAUCCAUCAUUCCUCUAUCGACCUGUUCAGAGGAGAGACUGCGUGAAGCCUGCGACGACCUGGCGUUACCAUGGAAUGGAUGUGCCGAUCACACUAAACUGCUCACUCUUUGUGAACACUUGGGCCUUGAGAUAAAUGUGGAUAUGCUCCAGAGUCUAACCGGCGAUGGAGAGAUGAAUGUUCAGGAGUUUGUUUCCAGGGUUGUAAACCACAACAAACCGCCCACACCGUCAGCCUCCACGCCCUACAGACAGCUUAAACGACACCACUCCACUCAGCCCUUUGAUGAGGGAGGUCGCAGGAUAGCCACUCCUUCUGCCCUGACCAGCAGCAUUGGCAUGCGUCUCUUCUCCACCCUUGAUGAUGGUACCGGUUUCACUCCAGUCGAAUACAUCCUGGAUGCCUGGAUGGAAGAGGGAAUAGAAAACAGCAUUGAGAUCCUGCAGGCUUUGAAUUUCAGCCUAGAUGGAAAACUGAGUCUUAGUGACCUCACCAUGGCACUUGAAAAUGAGCUACUCGUUACUAAGAAUGGGAUUCACCAAGCGGCACUGGCGAGCUUUAGAGCUGAGAUCAGAUAUCUCCUAGAGCGUGUAGACCGAGAACUCAGGGAGAAAGAGAAAAUCCGAUCUGACCUUGAAAAAGCAGAAAAACUCAAAACUCAGCUUGCCGCUGAGGUGGAUGAGCAUCACUCUGCGAUAGAGCACGCAAAUAACCUCAAUCUCAGGAAGCUUGAAGAGGACCACAAAGAGAAGCUAGCAGCGUUACGAUCAGAGCUGAUGAAAGAGAUGGACCAGAUACAGCAGCAGGCCGGCCUGCAGCGUGAGGAACUGGAAGCAGAGGUCGGGAGGAUCAGGGAGGAUGAGUCUCUUCUCAGAGACCACCUCUCCAUCUCUGUGAAGGAAAACCGACGUCUUGAAAUGGAGUUGCUGGACAAUGCUGAAAAACUUGUGGAGGCACAAAGUCAAAUUACAAAACUUCAGACAAGUUUGGACAACAUUAUGAAAGAAAAGUUUGGAGACCUGGACCCUGGCAGCGCAGAAUUCUUCCUCCAAGAGGAACGUAUUAAACAACUACGCAGCAGCUACGAAGCCCAGUACAGGGAACUGCAGGAUCGUAUUGACGAGCUACAGUCAGAGUUGCAGGAGUUCCACAGUCUGGGACGUGUUAAUCAGCCCUGCCACAAACCCCUUUCUGAAGAGCUGGAGAGUAAAAGCCCCGGCAUGGAGUCUGAUCCAGGUAUUGGUUCAGAGGAGGUACAGCCGUUCAGCAUGAGCCUUGAGGCAGAGAUGAUGUUGGAGCAGCUGAAGGAUCAGCACCUUCAGGAAAUGGAAGAUUUGCGAAUCCAGCUGGAAUGCAAGAUCAGUGAAUUUGACAAGAUGGUAGCAAAGCAGAGGGUGAGCCAUGAGGACCAGAAGGCUGCCUUAACCCUCCAGUACCAGCAGGAGGUCCAGGCUUUGAGGGAGGAGAUGGCCAGCAUUCAGAACCAUGCACAGGAGCUCCAGAGCCAGCUAGAGCAGACGGUGCUGGAGCGAACUCAGGCCGAGGAGAGGGAAAAGCUCGAAAAUCUGCAGGAGGAGGAAGUGGGAACUCUGAGACAACAACUGCUAGAGGCCAACACCUACGCUGCAGACCUGGAGGAGCAGCUGAAGACCCUUGAAGCCCUGCAGGCAGAGACAGAUGAAAACCUUGUUAAUGAUAUGGAGGAGCUGAGGAAACAACAUGCCAUUGAUAUUAGGAAACUGCAGGAGGAGCAUUUACAGCUUUUAGAAGCCAGACUGGAAGAGGAGAGAGGGAAACUGCAGGAAGAAAAGGCUGAGUUGGAGAAUAGAUUGUUAGAUGAUUGGGAAAGGGAGAAAGAUCUGUUGCAACAAAGCCAUAAGGAGGACCUGAAGGCCAGACUAGAGGAGUCACGGGUGAGGUUUGAGGAAGAGCGUGAUGAGAUUUUGCAGAGACUGACAGAAGAGUGGCAGAAAGAGAGGGCUCAGCUGGAUGAGCAGAAUAACGAGUCUCUGCAGGUGGUGCUGGAGGAAGAGAUGUUGAGACUUGUCAGGGAGCAAGAGGAGAAGGAGAGUAAGCUCAGGGAGCAGUGGGAGAGUGAACGAGUCCAGCUUCAGGAGCGUCAGGAGGAGGCUCUGCUCGAGAGGACACUGCAAGAAAGGUUGCAGUCUCAACAGCAGUUUGAGCAGAGGGAGAAAAAGCUGAAGGAAGAGUGGGAGAGAGAGAGACUGCAACUGGUAGAGGAUUAUGAAGGGAUGCUACAGGAGAGGCUGAACGAAGAGAGGGAGAAGUAUGAGACUGAGACAGAGGAGGUGGAGAAGAGACUAGAAUACUUAAUGGCAGAGGAGAGGGUUCGUCUAGAGGAGAGCCACCGAGAGGCCAUGAAGGAGCUAACUAUAAAGCACGCUGGAGAGAGGGACGCUCUCAGUAGCAUGUUGGACAAACUACGAGAUGACAUCGCUCAGGAGAGGAAAGAAAUCGAGAUCAGCUUCUCCCAGAGAAUAAAGGACGUAGAAGAUCGUUUCUCAGGUGAUCAAGAAUCUGUUGCAGAGCGUUUUCAGGCUGAUGUUUUGAAACUUGAACAGCACUACCAAAGUGAGCUGAAGGCCCUCUCUGCAAGUUAUGUUGAGCAGAAGCUCCACUGGGAGGCACAGAUACAGGAGGCUGUUGAGAACGCUGAGGUACAAAGAAGAAUGACUGAGGAAGCCAUGGAGCAGGAAAGAGAGAGCCUGAAUCAAGAGUGGAAAAAAGAACGAAAUGCGCUGGAAAGUCUUCACAAAGCGAAAAUGGAAGAACUUGUCAUGAAAAACCAGCAACUUCAAAAUGAACUAGAUGACUUCAUCAGUACGGCUCAGACUAAAGAGAUAGAGCUGAGUAAGCAGCUGAAUGACCUCCAUAACCGGCUUCAGGAAAGCCUGGAAACCAAAGACGAACUCCUUGCUCAGUCUGAGAAGAAAGCGCUCGAGACUGAGCUUCUGCUUAAUCAAAUAGUGGAUGAUUUUAAACAGGAGAGGGCAGAACUUCUGAGCAGCCAGUCAGAACUUGAGGCAAAAUACAACGAGAUGCUUUCCAUUUCGGAGAGGCAGAUCACUGAGAGGAUUGGACUGUUAACAGAGCGCGAUGAUUUGAAGAUGAAGAUUGAGGAGCUGGAGAUGCUGCUUAAACAGGCAGCAGUUGACUUUGAACUAGAGAGGAAGGAGCAACAGGAACAUGUAUCCAUGCUUGAGGAAAAGUUAAAAGAUAAUGUAGAGAAUGACAGAGAAGAACUUAUAGCCGAAAGAGAGACGCUUACAGUCAGAAUUAAAGAGCUAGAAAUGGAAUUAAAUCAGAUUUUGUCCUCUGCAGAAAAAGCAAAAGAAGAAAUGGAAGAAUCAAAUGAAAUAAACACUUACGUUGGUGUAGAGAAUAAAACUGAGGCAGCGGAGGGAGCAUCAGAUGAACAGGAAAAGGUCCCAGCUACCAACAAUAAUCCAGGAGACAACAUGCCAGAUGUAAAACCAGAUGCCGCUGAAAACAAAGAACAUGAUGGUUACAUUUUUGUUACUGACAAUAAUGACACCGUUCCAGAAGAUCACGAAUCGACAUCCUGCGAUGGCCACAACACACAUUCCCCAGAUCCAGAUGAAAAUCAGUCAAAUGUUGAAUCCAAAAACAAAGCCGUUUCUACAGAGACGCAGUGUGAGGUGGUCUCAUCCCUUGAGGCAUUUGAAGGUGUAGAUGCGAAUGAAGACUCAACAGAUGGUGAGAAUAAAGUCACUCUUGAAUCAUGUGAGGAGGAGAACAAACCUCAAGACGAACCAGCUUUGAUCAACGAAAGCACUUCCCGUGAAGAUGAGCCAUGUCAUGAGACUGUGGUUGGUCCCUCAGUGCUGGAGGAGACCGAUGACUCCCAGUUCAUCAGAGUGGUGGAUGCUGAGGUUUCUUGUUUACCAAAUAACUCUCACGGCAGUAAAGAGGAAGACAAACAUGUUUCAGACUCGGACUGUGAAUAUUUAACCGCUAAAUUGAAGGAUGAAUGCUCACAUGAUUGUCUGGAGACUCUGGAUGAAGAUGCCAAUUGUGAGGACAGGGUGUAUUCUCUACUUAAAAUACAGGCUUUGUAUAACACUGCCACAGAGGAGAACAUCCUCCUACACGAGAAGAUUGCACUGCUUCAACAGAAGUCAGAAAUACUAGAGACUCUUCUGGCUCAUAACAGUGAAAAGAUGAAAACUGGCCACCAGGUAUUGGAGGAAAACUAUAGCCUCAAAGUUAAAGUGCUAUUUUUAAUGGAGCAUGUCAAAGAACUGGAGAUAAAGGCCUUAGAGGUGACAGAUCUUCAGAUUAAAUAUGAAGACUGCAUGUGUGAAAAUGCCAAACUGAAGGACCACAACAGUGAACUUGAAAAGAGAGUUUGGAGCCUUGAAAGCAGGAUGAAUAUUUUCCAUGAUUCCCAAGAUGAGUGGGUUUCACUGGUGGAUGAGAUCGUCAGGAUGAGAGACGAGAACAUGAAGCUCUCAGAGUUAGUCAGUGAAAUGGAGAGGCAGGAGGAGAUUCUUUCAGCCGUGCACCCAGACGCUGGCCAAUCGGAGAGCCUUACAGAGGAGUCUCUCCUGGAUCUGACCAGUGAGCUGGAGGUUAAAGUUCAGGCUGUGACUGACCUGGAGGACUGCUGUGAGGAGUUUGAGAAGCAGAACACGGAACUUCGCAGAGCCAUCACAGAGCUACAGGACAAGUCGCAGACGUUAAAUGAAACAACACAGGCUCAUAGGUCUGAGGCCUGUCGUCUUGCUGAAGAAAACCUCAUCCUCAGGCAAAAACUUACUACGUUGAAGGAAGAGGACUUGAAAGAGGCCCAGGAAGAGUUGAUACAAACCUUGGACAACUUAAAAAAGGGGAAGAUUGCGGCUCAAACGGCAGAGGAGAAUUUCAAGAAACAGAUUUCAGAGCUGCAUUUGCAGAACCAGCAACUGGAGGAUGAGAAUGGGAUGCUGUCAAAGAAAAAUGCCCAAAAUAUUGCUGAUGUGGAGAAUCUACGACAGCAGCUGUCUGAGCUGAGAAAGGAAAAUGAGAGGAGGGAGGCGUUACCCGCUGAAGAGAAAAGCAAGCUGGCAGCUUGUGUGUCUUCUCUGGAGGCAGAGCUAAACAAAGCUCUGGAGGACACUGCACAGCUGGAGGAGAGGAAUACCGAGCUGUCACAGCAGCUCUCUGGCCUCAGAGAGAAGGCGGCCAAAGUCGACUCCAUGGAGAGCCAGCUCAGCCACCUCGUAGAGGAGCGAAAGAGUGUGGAUAAGGAGACUCUGGGCCUCCGCAACCAGCUAGCCAAAGCUGAAGAGAGGGUCAAGACAAUGGAUGAAACUAUCCAGGCUGCAAACCAUCAAAGUGCUCGUCUUAAGUCAGACCUCCGUUUUUCGCAGCAAGAGAGGGAUUCCAUCAAACAUGACGUUGCAGUGCUAAACAAACGACUGCAAAAUGUCAAUGAUAAAAAUCAUGUUCUGGAGAUGGCCUUGCACUCGAGUGGUCUCCAGAAUCAGAGCAAGAAGCUGUACAGAGGCGAAAUGUCUCGGCUGAUGGAGAAGGAUCAGCAACUACUGAGGCAGGAAAACGAGAGGCUUCAGGCAGAAGUGCGCAGCAUCAAAGGAGACCUUGUGCAGUCCAGAGAGAAGGUCCGUCAGCUUGAUGCUACCAUCAUGUCCCUGAAGCAGCACAAACAACAGAGUCAGUCCUCCCUGGUGAAGGCCCUAGAGCAGGAGAACGCCUCUCUGAAGCAGGAACUUGAGGCACAAAAGGAGCUCAACAAAGGCCACGAAGCAGGACAGGGACUCUCAGAACUAGAGAACCUUAAACAAGAAAAUGAGGCGCUCAGGACCCAAAUGGCUCGACUGUCUACACAGCUGCUAGAGACAUAUCAGGCUCACCUCGUUGGACUUCUGCCUCCAUCACCUCACAGGAUGCCCAGGGGACAGCAUCGUGGCGAAGAGCCGGACAACAUGCAGGAUGAAAGGGAGAGGAAGAUGAAGAAUAUGGAGGAGCGUAUGAGGGAAAUUGAACUGUCGCUGCAUAACGUCAAACUGCUGCUCAAAGAGAAGGUUGCUCAGCUGAAAGACCAGGUGCACAAGAAUGGUAAAGCAGAUGUGUUGAUCAAAGACCUGUGUGUGGAGAAUGCUCAGCUGCUGGAAGCUCUGGAGAUAACUGAGCAGCGGCAGAAAAUCGCAGAGAAGAAGAACUACCUACUAGAGGAGAAGAUCUCCAGCCUUAACAAGAUAGUGCGUGACCUGAACCCCUCACCCCUUCCCUCGCUGCCAUACCAUUAUAAAUGCUCAUAAUGUAUCACAUAACAACCAAGGUCAACCAUAAACUACAGUUUUUUUUACAGAAGUAUUUUACUUGUCUUGUUGAAAUAUUUUCAACACGUGCACAAAAAAGGCCUUUUUCCAUUGCAUGUCCACUGACAUGUUUUUAUCUUGUUUAAGCCUAAUUUUACUGUUAAAUAUGCAGUAUUUUCAUUUGUUAAUUUUUUUGAUAUGUGCAGUAAUAAUCUUGUGUUGUAUUGGACCUAAUGAAGAACCAAAAGUAAGGUCAGACUGUGAAAGAAAAUGCGCUAUUUUACAGUAAUUUAUAUAUUUUUUAAAAUGUCAAAGCAAUAGUUGUUGCUAUUGAAUGAAUUAGUAAAUAUUUAACCAUGACACUAUAUUUCUCUUCCAAAAGAGAAAAGCAAUACUGAAGUGCACUUUUUAUAUAAGUGUUAUUUUGUCUGUUGUCAAACAGAUUAAUUGUGUUCAUCUGUAUGUUAUUUCCUUCUCAAGCCUUUAAACAAACAUGUCAGUAGUAAAAUCAUGUAAACAGAAAAGUCAUAAUCUGGUGAACUUUUCAUGCAACACUGCUUGAAGUUACAUUCACUUUAAAUUAAUGUCAACAGGCAAUGCUUGCUAUUUAAAUACAUCUGGUUAAAAUCCUAUAAACUGUUGCAAUAUGUAAAGUUUUUUAUAAUGUAAAACUGCCAUUAUGUUUUUAAAUGAAGGACCUUUUGUAAUUGCUGCAGCAUAAGCACUAAAGUUGAAAACAGGGUAAAGUUUUAAUAAAGGUAUAAAUAAAAUACA